GUUACUGUUUCCUGUAAUAUGUAAACAGUGCGCAAUACAUUGAACAAAGAAUCAAUGAACGUGAUAUAAACGUGCAAUUUGUAAACAUUUCGUGACAAUGCCUUUCUUAGGACAAGAUUGGAGAUCACCUGGGGAUGAAUGGGUGAGAACAAAGGAAGGCUCGUGGGAAAAAUUAAAACUGUGGCGAAUUCGUGUUUUUGAGAAUCUCAAUUCAACGUACGUAGCAAGGUUGCUGCGACUGGCGCUCGAGGAGUGGGACAGUUGCUAUGACGACCUGCACAACUUGCACCGCCCAUGUAUCCGCUACCACCGUGCCACCUCUAGGGAGCAAAAGAAGCUGACCAGUAUCAGCGAGGCCUUCAUCCACCUGGACAUGUCCACUGCCGGCCGCGAUGUUCGCAGGUUCAACUACGUCUGCAAGCUGCUGCGUCUGUUGCUAUGCGACAAGCUGGCGUUCCUGAGCGGCCAGGCACAGAAGCACGUGUUCAGCAUCAUGGAGGACAUGGUGAACGACGUUAUCCAGUCUCAGAACAACGUCGCUGAGAUGCGCCUGCUGGUCGGGUUUGCCUCCCAGGCCCUGAGCGACCAUCGCUGGGAUCACAUUGGCAGCUCGCGGCUGUGGAACGCCCACCACACGUCAGUCAACAGGAUGAACGCCAAACUGAGAAAGUUCAAGGUCAAAGAGCGGAAAUCGGACGGGAAGAUGACUUUCGGUGCGCUGCCGGAGGAAUGCAAGAGACACAUUCUCAUCUCAUUGCCCGACCAUCGAGACAUUCUGCACCUCGGGGCCACGGACGUCACCAAUCACAACAUCAGCAACAAUGCGUUACUAUGGAAACAGCUGUGCUUCUUCCACUUCAAUAACCGCCAGAUUACAACUUUUGUGAAUAUGAAUGCUGAAGAAAAGGACGUAGACUGGAAAUAUGUGUACCGGAGAUGUUACCUUCGUUUUGGCCAGAAGGCUGUUUACAGUGACAUGCUGGCCAUCUGUCGACACUGUAACAACAUCUUCUGGAAUUCACUGGGUCAUCCAUGCUCCAGCGAGCUGCCACCGUGUUGUUUGAGUCUCAAACCUGAGGAGUUCAUCGCGCUCUUCCAGUUCUAACAAGUACAGGCAAAUACUGUGGCCUGUGUUCAUCUUUCAACUAUGGUCAUGACCUAGCGAUAGGCCAUGGGACUUGUCAAUAUAAAACAAUGGCUGUAGCAUAGUCACGAUCACAAUAUGUUCAUGAAAUGUGUUCAUAUGUAGCCAUGGCCAUAGCAUAUAUAGUCAUGAUCACUAAAUGUCCAAGGCACAUGUUCAUUUGUAGCAAUGGCCAUAGCAUAUAUAGUCAUGAUCACUUAAUGUCCAAGCGACAUAUUCAUAUGCAGAAAGUGCCAUUGCAUAUAUAGUUAUGAUCACUAAAUGUGUAAGGGACAUGUUCAUAUGUAGCAAUCGCCAUAGCAUAGAUAGUCAUGAUCACUAUAUGUCCAAGGGAUGUGUUCAUAUACAUAUGUAGCAAUGGCCAUAGCAUUUUCAUGAUCAAGACAUUGGCCAUGUGAUGUGUUCAUAUGUAGCAAUUUCCAUAGUCAUAAUCACUACUUGUCCGGUGUAUGUGUUCAUAUCUAACAAUUGCCAUAGCAUAGUAAUGAUCACUACAUGACCAUGGAAUGUGUUCAUUUCUAACAAUGGCAAUUACAUGGCCCUGAUGUUGACAUUUACCAUGAGAUGUGUGCAUGUGUAGAAAUAACCAAAGCAUGGUUAUGAUCAAGACAUGAUGCACAUACAAACUUAAUUUGAUUUUCUUGUAAAAGAAAUAAUGACCUCUAAACCCUAAUAUAUUGCAGACAUGGCUUGUACAGUUGCAAUAGCAAGAAAACUGUAUUUGCAGACUUAGAGAGAGCAAUUAUCAAAAUGUAAAUAUUUCCCAAAGUUUGUACUACAUAGUUCUUUUUAUAUACAGGCCAUUGUAACAAACCUUUUUAGGGUCAGUGAAGAUUUAUAAACCACUUACUUUAGAGACAUUGCCUUCGUUUGAAUGAAUAUAGGAUUAUUUAUGUAACCAAAAUAAAGCCUUGAGCAAACUUCAUCGUAGUUUAUGUGUUGGAUCUACAGACUGCGCUAACACCAACCUAGGGUCAAUUAUGCUGUAACUUAAAGCAUAAAGUAUGGUCUGAUUGAAGCUUUGGCCCCUGGACAGAUGGCCAGAUGUUCAGGCAUUGCAAAGAUUGUGAAUCAUAGGCCUUCCACAUUUCAUGACAACCUGACUAUAUGGGGCUUUGAAUACUGGGAUUACUGUAUGCAUCCUAGAUGUUUUUGUGUUAUUCUGUUACGUUUUCAAAAAUUGGAGUAUUCAAAUUUAAUUAUGUGCUUUUUUAUGUUCUGUUCAUUUGCAGUAUAUUUAUUAAACAGAAAUGCUAGGUUGUAAAUACUAAAUGUGUUUGGAUGUAAAUAUUAUUUUUAUUUCAUAUUUUAAUUGCUUGUUAUCAUCCUAGCAUACCCAUAUAUUGUCAAAGCGCAAUUGAUCUGUACAAUUGUCAAGUUCAAUUACUAUUUAAGCUAAUUUUGAGUUGUUACACAGCUUGUUAUUGAUAAAUGCAUUUCUAAUCUAUUUAUGCAUAUCUGUUAAUUGUUGAAUUCUUAUAUAAAACAUGAGUUGUUGCUGUUGUGCAUUGUUUAGCCCCUUGCUAGGUAGUAGAAGGGAAUACCGUAACACUUGUUAAGCCCCUCGCUAGGUAGUGGAAGGGAAUACCGCUACACUUGUUAAGCCCCGAGGGAAUACUGGUACACUUGUUAAUACCCUCGCUAGGUAGUAGAAGGGAAUACUGGUACACUUUUUAAGCCCCUCGCUUGGUAGGGAAGGGAAUACAGGUACACUUGUUAAGCCCCUCGCUAGGUAGUAGAAGGGAAUACCAGUACACUUGUUAAGCCAAUGGCUAGGUAGUAGAAGGGAAUACCGGUACACUUGUUUAUCCCCUCGCUAGGUAGUAGAAGGGAAUACCGGUACACUUGUUAAGCCCCUGGCUAGGAAGUAGAAGGGAAUACCAGUACACUUGUUAAGCCUCUCGAUAGAAAGUAGAAGGGAAUACUGGUACACUUGUUAAGUCCCUCGCUAGGUAGUGGAAGGGAAUACCAGUACACUUGUUAAGCCCCUUGCUAGGACGUAGAAAGAAUACUGGUACACUUGUUAAGCCCAUCGCUAGGUAGAAGGGAAUACUGGUUCACUUGUUAAGCCCUUUGCUAGGUAGAAGAUGGGAAUACCGGUACACUUGUUAAGCCCCUCGCUAGGUAGUAGAAGGGAAUACCGGUACACUUGUUAAGCCCCUCGCUAGGUAGUAGAAGGGAAUACCGGUACACUUGUUAAGCCCCUCGCUAGGUAGUAGAAGGGUAUACCUGUACACUUGUUAAGCCCCUCGCUAGGUAGUAGAAGGGAAUACUGGUUCACUUGUUAAGCCCUUUGCUAGGUAGUAGAAGGGAAUACUGGUUCACUUGUUAAGCCCUUUGCUAGGUAGUAGAAGGGAAUACUGGUUCACUUGUAAAGCCCCACACUAGGUAGUAGAAGGGUAUACCUGUAAACUUGUUAAGCCCCUCGCUAGGUAGAAGGGAAUACUGGUUCACUUGUUAAGCCCUUUGCUAGGUAGUAGAAGGGAAUACUGGUUCACUUGUUAAGCCCUUUGCUAGGUAGUAGAAGGGAAUACUGGUUCACUUGUUAAGCCCUUUGCUAGGUAGUAGAAGGGAAUACUGGUUCACUUGUAAAGCCCCACACUAGGUAGUAGAAGGGUAUACCUGUAAACUUGUUAAGCCCCUCGCUAUGUAGUAGAAGGGAAUACCCAUACACUCGAAUCACAGUGUGUAUCUGUUGGUCUGUCUUUUGGUACACACAGACUUGAUAGAUCAUAGAAAACAAACAGAAACAACAUAACAUUUAUCGUUAUUGACUUAUACCGUUUAAGUUUGCUUUUCCCACAUAGUUUCAAGAGAGUAAAUUGUAAAUGUUCAUAUCACCGGUAUUUAAGCUUCUUAUUAAUGUAUUUAUCAAACAUCUUUUGUUA